AUGGUAUCGGCCAUUCAUUAUAAUAGUAAUCCAACAUCUCCAUUAAAGCAAGGAUAUCAAGAAGAUAAUGAUAAUGAUAAUGAUAAAGAACAAUUAAUUAUAUCAAUAAUUAAUCCUGAUUUUAUUUAUAAUAAACAUAAUGAAUCAAUAUUUGAUGAUGAAAGAUUAUUUCCAAGUUUACAAAAUACAUGUUUAGUUAAAUUCGAUGAUAAUAAUUCAGAAUUAAUUAAUAAUGCCACAUUAAAGGCAUUAAUUGUACAAUUAACAUCACCAGAAGUUAUAGAUUAUAAUUUAAUUUGUGAUUUCUUCUUAACCUAUAGAAUCUUUGUUAAUAGUGAAAAAAUCAUGAAUCUUUUACUUACAAGAUUAAUUUGGUCAUUACAAUAUAUUAAUUCUGAUCAAGAAUCAAAUAUUAAAGUUGGAAAACUUGUAUUAUUAAGAACUUUUGUGGUAAUUAGACAUUGGAUUAUAAAUUAUUUUAUUGAUGAUUUUGAUUCCAAUUCUAAUUUAUGUGAUUUAUUUUCUUCAACUAUUAAUAGUAUUACUAAUGAAUCUAAUUUAAUAAGGAAAUCUAAAACAACCAAUAAUAAUAAUAAUAAUAAUAAUAAUAAUAAUAAUAAUAAUAAUAAUAAUAAUAAUGAAUUAGAAGAUGAUCCAAAUUUUAUGAUGUUUGAAAAGAAAAUCUUUACUGAUUUAAAGAUUCAUUGGUUAAAUUUAUUAAUUGAAUUUUGGCAAUUAAAUAUUGAUAUAGAAAAUUUAAUUGGUAAUAAAUUAGUUUUAAAUUAUCCUUUACCAUUAACUAAUGAAGCCGGGAAUUUUAAAAAAUUAUCUAAAUCAGCUACUGAUAUGUCAAUUCAUACUAAUGCUUCUUAUAGAAGAUCAGCUAUGCUUUCAUUAUAUGAUCAUCAAAAGACUCAUCAUAAAAUGCUUAUAUUUGAUAAUGAAAAUUCGGUAAGUAAUAAUGAUGAAAAUCCUCAAUAUUCAAUUAAUAAUUUAUUAUUACAACAUCAUUCAUCAAGAGUAUCAAUAAAUAAUAAACUUCAAGAAUUUCUUAAUAAUGGAACUAAUAUACAUACACCUCUUAAACGACAUCAUAAUCAUUUGAAUCUUAAAGAUUCUUCUCUAUCAUUAAAGAAAACUACCAUAACUGAAAUUGAAAAUAAAGAGAAUUUAAAUAUUCCAUCAACUCCAUCUAAACAAAAAUUAAUUUCCAAUAAUUCCCCAUUAGCAAAUACAGGAUUUUCAACUAGUGGGAAUAUAAAACUUCCAACAUCUAAAGUUGGAAAUAUAUUACCUCCAACCCCUGUAAAACGAAUGGAAUGUAUAAUUAAACUUGAUCAUUCAAUAUCUUCUAAUAAUUUAAAUGUUUCACCAACAAAAAAGCCUAAUUUCUUUGCUAGACCUCAAACAACUUAUGUUGAAGAACAUGAAGAAUUUGGUAGGAAAAGGUCAAUUAAGAAAUUUGUUGAUGGAUGGAAGAAAUCCAUAACUAAUUCCAAAUCUCAAUCAGAUUCUUUACUGAUACCUACUAAUCAAGAUAAUAAUGAUGAUAAGAAUGAAGAAUUAAAUCAAAAUCAAUUGAAUGAUAAUGUAAUUAAUAAUGUAAUUAAUAAUGUAGAUAAUGGUAUUGGUCCAAGAGUUGAUAUCUUAAGUGCUCGAAUUAUUGAUGAAUUAGAAUUCUUAAUUCGAUAUUAUCUUCAUAUUGAUUCCGGUACUGAUACUAUAGUUGAACAUAGUUCUGAUUCUAAUCUUUAUAAUCAUAGUAAUAAUAAUUCUAUUCAUGAUAAAUUUGUUGAUGUUGAUUUAGAUGAUUUAGAUUUACAUGAUCAAGAUUCUCCUGCUAAAAGACCUAAAAUUAUUAGUCAUGGACAAGGUGAAAGUCAUGAACAAGUUGAAGAAAUUCUUGAUGAUAAUAGUGAUAUGGAUAUUAAUGAUUUAUCAGAAUUAAAUAUUAUUAAGAUUGAUAAUCUUAUUAAUGUUAAUGAACCAGAAGUAUCUAAAUUGUCUAGUAAAAGAAUUUCAACAGAUAAUUUACUUGUAGGUAUAUCACAAGAAUCAUCAUUUCAAAGACCUGUAAGUCUUAAUUGGAAUGAUGAAGGUAAUCUUGAUCUUGAUAAUUCUGAAGAUAAUGAAAUUUUUCAAGAUAGUGUUUCUCAUCGUAGUACAUUUGGAGGUGAAGUUCAAUUAAAGAAUUCUGAAAUGGAAAUUGAUGAUGAUUUUGUUUUCCAACAAGAUAAUGAAGUAAAUAAAGCAAAAACUAAUAGUACUUAUGGUUCAUCUAUUUCAACUCCUAGUAAUAUGACACAAUAUGGAGAAGAAAUUGCUGAUUUAGGAAUUGCUAUGAGUCCUCAACUGAUGCAACAAAAGAUAAGAAGAAUAAGUUUUAGUGAAAGUAUUAAAUCUAGAAGUAGAAAAAGAACUUCAACAUCAACUGGUUCAAUGUUUAAACGAGAUUCAGUUAAAUCUUAUCUUAGUUAUGAUUCUGCUUUCUCAAUGUCUAAUGGAUCUCAUAAUAAUUCAUUUAAGAAUGAUGAUAAUUUUGAUUUUGGGUUACGUAAGAAGAAUGGGUUCAAUAAUUUACGAACUCUUGUUAAAGAUGAGGAUGAGGAGGAAGAUGAAGUAGAACAUGAAGCUGAUAAUGAGGAUGAAGCUGAAAAUAAAAAUGUUAAAUCAACAUCAAGAACUUCAUCACUUCAUAGAAGUGUUAGAUUUAGUACCUUAUGUGCAUUAACAGAAUUACCAUUUAGUGAAUUUCCUAGAACUUCUAUGAGUGCCAGUGAAAUGUUAAUUUCAGCAAUUCAAAGAACUUCAAAACUGUCUAUUGAUGGUGGUAAUGAUUCAUCAAUCUUUUCUGUAGCUCUUAAAAGUAAAAAGAAUUCCAUUAAGACCAAUAAUGAUAGUAAUAAUUCAUCAGCUAAUUCUGUGGCAAUUCCAGGUAUAAGUAAUUAUGUAUUAAAAGAAUUAGCUGCUAUACCAGAUGAAUCAUUUCAAUCAACUAAUCCAGUUGAUUUUGCUUUAUUUAAAUUAGAAGGUAAACAAAGUUCUGAUAAAGUAAUAAAUUCUAAAACAAAUGUAAAUGAAGAAGAAACUGAAAAUCAAGCUAAUAAUACUCAAGAAAUUCUUCGGGAAAUUCAAAAUGCCAAUACUUUAGAUGCUAUAGAUUAUACUCAAAUUGAUGUUACAAUGGAAGUACCUGUAACUCCAAUCAAAUUACCUAAUAAUAAUCGUUUACCUAUAGAAGAAGGUGCAUCUACAUCAACUCCUAAUCAUCAAGAAAAUGUUAUUAUUAUUAAUAAUUCUAAUUCUAAUUCUAAUUCUAAUUCUAAUGGUAAUAGUAGAUCUACAAGUCCUGGUAUAAAGUCUCCUGAUAAAAUUUUAGAAAAUUAUGUUAUGUCAUCAGAUAAUUUAACUAUUGAAAGAGUUAUUGAAAAUAAUUUACAUAUCUCAUUUGUAUUAAGUUAUGAUUCAAAAUCAUUAGCUGAACAUUUUACAGUUAUUGAAAAGGAUAUGUUACAAGAAAUUGAUUGGAAAGAAUUAAUUGAACUUAAAUGGAAUAAAGAUUUACGACCUGUUAAUAGUUGGUUAGAAAUUAUUGUUAAUGAUAAUUUCUAUAGUAAGAAUAAAGGAGUUAAUUUAGUUAUAGCUAGAUUUAAUUUAAUGGUUAAUUGGAUUAUUUCAGAAAUUCUUUUAACAAAAGAUAGACAAGAAAGAAUUCAUAUAAUUUCUAGAUUUAUUCAUAUUGCUCAAAAUUGUUAUUCACUUCAAAAUUAUUCAACUUUAAUGCAAAUUAUAUUGGCAUUAACUUCAGAAAAGGUUCAAAAAUUAAAGGAAACUUGGAAAAAUUUACCUCCUGGUGAUAUAUUACUUCUUAAAAAUUUAGAAGAAUUAUCUUCACCUUUAAAAAAUUUCAUUAAUAUUAGAAUAUCUAUUAAUCAAAUGAAACCAUCUAAAGGUUGUGUACCAUUUGUGGGAUUAUAUUUAUCUGAUUUAAUCUUUAAUGCAGAAAGACCAACAUUUAUUAAGAAAAAACUUAAUCCAAAGGAUGAAAAUAAUACAUCUAAUAAUGAUAUAAGUAGUACCACAUUAAAUUCUGAAAAUGAAGAUGAUUUAAUUAAUUUUUCAAAAUUCCGUACUGCAGUACAUAUAGUUAAAUCUUUAUCACAAUGUAUAGAAUGGUCAUCUAAUUAUGAAAUUCUGAUCAAUUCUGAAUUAUUGUCAAAGUGCUUAUAUGUUAAAUCAUUAGAUGAAGAUGAAAUGAAUUAUUGUCUAGACGUUCUUGUUGAAAAAUGA